AGUAUAGUUGGGAAUAUCAAAUAUGGAGAUAGAUGCCACGAAUAGAGCAGAUAAUCCAUUAGAGGCUGGUCAUCACAGUAGGCGCAAAAACAGAAACGGGACAUGCUUGGUGUGGGAGGAUCUAUCAGUGGUGCUAUCUAAUAACUUUGGGAAGGGCCCAACAAGGAGGUUGCUCAAAGGCCUCAGUGGCUUUGCUGAACCUGGUCGAAUCAUGGCCAUUAUGGGUCCUUCAGGAUCAGGAAAAUCAACACUGCUUGACUCAUUGGCAGGGAGACUUUGCAGAAACGCUAUUGUGACUGGGAAUAUUUUCUUCAAUGGCAAGAAGAGGAGACUAGACUGUGGAGACGUAGCUUAUGUGACCCAAGAGGAUGUUUUAUUGGGAACCCUCACAGUCAGAGAAACAAUCACAUACUCAGCUCACCUGAGGCUUCCUGCUACUUUGAGCAAAGAAGAGAUUAAUGGGGUGAUCGAAAGCACGAUCCUGCAAAUGGGUCUUGAAGAUUGUGGCGACAAAGUGAUUGGUAACUGGCAUCUGAGGGGUAUCAGCGGUGGAGAGAAGAGGAGACUGAGCAUUGCACUUGAGAUCCUCACAAGCCCUUCUCUCUUGUUUCUUGAUGAACCGACCAGUGGACUCGAUAGUGCAUCGGCUUUCUUAGUGAUGCUGACUAUACGAAGCAUUUCUCGGGAUGGAAAGACUAUUAUCUCGGUGAUACACCAACCAAGUAGUGAAGUUUUUCAACUGUUUGACGAUCUGUUUCUCCUCUCGGAUGGAGAAGCUAUUUAUUUUGGAGAGGCAAGGAUGGCUGCAGAGUUCUUUGCUGAGUCUGGUUUCCCUUGUCCCACUAGAAGGAAUCCUUCCGAUCAUUUCCUUCGUUGUAUUAACACAGAUUUCGAUGUUGUAACUGCCGCUCUGAGGGAAUGUCCGAGACUUAAUGAAGCACAGGCAUCAUCAGAUCUUCUAAUGAAUGAAGCAAGUUCAAGGAUCAAAGAAAUCCUUGCUGCAAAAUACAAGACAUCAAAAUAUGCAACAAGUACAAGAAGACGGAUUAGGGAGCUUUUACUCAUUGAAGGACCCAUCCCUAAAUCAAACAAGGGAAGCGAGGCUAGCUGGUGGAAACAGCUCUGCACAUUGACUAAGAGGUCUUUCGUGAACAUGUGCAGGGAUAUUGGGUAUUACUGGUUAAGGAUUAUGGUCUACCUAGUAGUAUCAUUAUGUGUUGGCACCAUUUAUUUUGAUGUUGGAACCAGCUAUAACACAGUCAGGGACAGAGGAGCUAGUGCUGCAUUCUUAACAGGCUUCAUGACAUUCAUGUCCAUAGGAGGCUUCCCAUCCUUCCUUGAAGAAAUAAGGGUCUUUUAUCGUGAGAGGCUAAAUGGUCACUAUGGCAGUGCUGUAUACAUCCUAUCUAACUUUCUCUCCUCAUUCCCUUUCUUGCUGGGAGUGUCUACUACUACUGGAACAAUAAUCUCAUUCAUGGUGAAGUUUCACUCUGGGUUCUCUCACCUUCUAUUCACCUGGCUUAAUCUUUUGAGCUGCAUUUCUGUGGUAGAAGGCUGCAUGAUGAUUGUUGCAUCACUGGUUCCCAACUACUUGAUGGGUGUCAUAGUUGGGAUUGGAAUUAUUGUAAUUAUUAUGCUGAGCUCUGGAUUCUUCUGUACCCUACCUGAUCUUCCCAAACCAUUCUGGCGAUACCCGGUUUCAUAUAUCAGCUACAGCUCAUGGGCAUUACAGGGCCAAUUCAAGAAUGAUCUAAUUGGGCUCAAGUUUGAUCCUAUGGAACAAGGUGAUCCAAAGCUCACAGGAGUUAAAAUUCUCAAGACGAUUUAUGGGAUUUCACCAAAUCGUUCCAAAUGGUGGGACUUGGCUGCUAUUGUAGUGCUUCUCAUAUCCUACAGGCUGAUCUUCUUCAUCAUACUCAAGUUCAAGGAGAGAGUAUUACCAUGGCUCCACUCAUUUUAUGCCAAGAGAACAAUUGCACUCCUUAAGAGGAGGCCUUCAUUCACAAUGAAGCCACCUAUGGUCAAGAAGCAGCACCAGCCUUCUCUCCCAUUAUCUUACCAAGAGGGUCUCAGCUCUCCACUCCCCUAAAGUAGUAAUUCUUGCACAUAACAAAGUUCUAUGGCUGCUGAUAAGUAUGGAAUGCAUGGCUGAUGUUCUGUAAUUUCUCUAAUUUCCUAGGGCAAAUUCGCUUAUUCAUCUCUUAUGUAGGUCAUUACCCAAUGUUGAUCCCAGCUAUCAAAGGUAUUGGGACUUGGGAGAGGUGGAGUAGAUAAGAAUCUAAUUUGGCAUUUUUGCAUAAAGUGGCCACUUUCAUACUCAAAUCCAUAUUUUUCAUUUAUAUCAGUCUGAGAUUUUAUCAUUACACGAAGCAAUGGCCCAUUUCUUCUUUUAAACAUGUAUUUAAAAUUCACAAUUCCAAGCC